AUGGGGGUGGCGGGUGUGGCCAACCUGCUGUCGCCCGAGCGGCUCCUGCACCGCCCCUUCUCCUACCUCCCCCCUGCUGCGGGUGCACCAGUGGGGGGGGGAGGGGAUCUGCAGCACCAGCCCCCCCCCCCCCUUCUCCUAUCUCCCCCUGCUGCGGAUGCGGCAGUGGGGGGAAGGGACCUGCAGCACCAGCCCCCCCCCCGCCCCCCCCCCCCUUCUCCUCCAUCUCUCUGCUGCGGGUGCAGCAGUGGGGGGGAGGGUAUGGGGGUGGCGGGUGUGGCGCGUCCUGCUGUCGCCCGAGCGGCUCCUGCACCGCCCCCCCCCCCCCCCCGCCCUUUUCUCCUCUCUCUCUCUCUGCCGCACCCUGUGUUGGGAGGGGGGGGGGGAGCUUGGAGCCCUGCGCGCCCUGCGCGCCCUGCGCGCCCUGCUGUCCUGCUGCCCUGCGCGCCCUGCGCGCACUGCAGCCCUGCGUGCCCCGCGCGCCCUGCUGCCCUGUUUGCCCCUCGCGCCCUGCUGUCCUGCUGCCCUGCGCGCCAUGCGCGCCCUGCAGCCCUGUGCGCCCCGCGCGCCCUGCUGCCCUGCAGCCCUGUGCGCCCUACAGCCCUUGCUGUUGCCGCUACAGCCCUUGCUGCUGCCCUGCGCGCCCCGCGCGCCCUGCAGCCCUGCUAUGCCCCGCGCACCCUGCUGCCCUGCAGCCCUGUGCGCCCUGCUGCCCUGCUGCCCUGUGCGCCCCGCGUGCCCUGCAGCCCUGUGCGCCCCGCGCGCCCUGCUGCCCUGCUGCCCUGUGCGCCCUGCUGCCCUGUGCGCCCCGUGCAGCAGUGGGGGGAGGCUAACCCUGGUGCCCUCACGACCCCCGCAAGCAUGCGCCUUAGCAGCGUCAUCGCGCCCCUCCCUUUGCGCCCCUCUCGCGUCCCACCCUAUCCCUCGCCGAUGUACCUCGGCCCCCCACCCUCCCCUCUUUCUCACUCCCACACCACCUCCCCCCUCUCUGGUCCCACUCCUAGCACCCCUGCCCUCGCAUCCUGGCUCAACUGGUGUGUCGCACGUCAUCCCCCAUCCCUCCGUUGGGCCUAG